CCGAGCCCAGCAAGCCAAAGCUGCGAGCCAAAUCCACCGACUUGGCCACUUGGCUGCACUCAUCGCCAGUCUCACAGAAACGCUCAAAGCGUGCGGACACCCAAGCAAGCGGUUCGAGUCUCAGCCAGAAAGCAAAAUAAGAAAGAAAACGAACCCAAAACAAGGCGACUGGGAGUAACUUUCGUGCCUCGUGGUAGAAAAUUCAAGCUGGAGAAAGGCCUAGACCCACAGCUCAUAAGCAUUUGGUUUUUGCAAGCCAGCCAGUCAGUUGGCCAAAAUCGACGCAUUUCACCGACCAUAAUGCGCUGACAUUGAUUCUGGGCCAGCGUGCAUUGUCAUCGGAGGUGGUUCAGGGCUAUCGGGAUUACCAGUUGGUAGACCCAAAAACCAGUUGAAGGGCAACGAGACCAGCUGAAAAGCGAGAGAGAAACUCAGCGCGCAUGCGUGCACGUGCAUAAUUCACUCAAUCUCUUUGAGUUUUUGCUAACAAAACUGGGACAAGAACGAGCGUUCGCAGUGCAGCUCAAACUGUUGGUGCGCGGAAGUGUUAAAUUGGUUAUAACUAACAUUGCGCAACAUUAGUACCCAAAAUAAAAGAUACAUAAAUGCGCUAACUAACCACAAUAAACGAAAAAUGUGUAUGCAAUCUAUGAGCAAAAUUGGCAAACUGUCGAGCUGUGUGAAAAUAAUAACAACACGGUCGAGCCGAUAACACAAAAGCCACGCUUUGUUCGUGACUCGUGGCUAAAAGCCAAACAACCAAACAACCGGGCGAGCCAAUAAAUAAACACUAACCAAGACUGGCCACAAAAAAAAAAAAAAGCCAAAAUAUAUAAAAGAAAAUCAAAGCGGACAAAAUGUCCAAGCAGUUGAAAAUAAAUUCACUUUCGUUGUUGCAUUGCCUGGCAGCGCUGCUCUGUGCGGCAGCGCUGCAGCCACAACAACCACAGCAAGUGUUGCAGCUGCAACAACAGCAUCAAUUGCUGGUAGAGCAGCCGCACCAACAGAAGCAUCAAUUGCUGGUAGAGCAGCCACAGCAACAGCAAUUGCUGCCAGCAAGUGGUGCGGCGACAACAGCAGCAAUAUCUCCUGCCAGCAGCAACAUCAGACUUGUGAAUGCAACUUCAGAUGGUGUCACCACCACUUUCAUCGACAACACCAGCAGCAAUGCCAACAGUAUGACACACAACGUCCAAAACAAUGAUGCUGCAGGUCCCGCCUCCUUGGAGCAGCAGCAGCAGCAACAGCAACCAACGUUGCAAUAUGCACAUAUAUCGGCAUUAGAUAAAGAAGUAGUCGAGCGCCUGAUCAAACAGUGGGCCCCAAUCGUUUGGCUGGCGCCGGAGGAGAAAUUCAUGCCGCUUGGCGUGGAGGAGUUUCUGCAGUAUGUCCACCCAAUGGACAAGGACAGCCGCAGCUUCCGGCCGGGAGUUCCUUUCAGGGAGUAUUCAACCAAAUCCCACCUGGUCACAAACAACGAAAUCCAGGAGCUGCUGGAGAACGACAAAUCUUUUCUGUAUGGUCGGAAUCCCAAUGAGAAACCGGUGCCCAUCUAUGGAGUGGUCACCAUGUGUCCUUCUAGGAGGGAACCAGUAGUGCAGAGUCCUCCGCCCGUCAGCACACGAGCUGCUUAUAUUCCCGUCUCCAUUGAUCCCCUCGAGGAACGCAAUGACACUGUACGGAGAUCGUCCAGACUGUUUCCACUUUUUCAGCGAGUUAAACGAGAGGCACAGGCAGCUCCAAAGUACAAUUCACUCAACGAGUACGAGGAACUGGUGAUGGAGCCGUCCCAGAAGCCCCAAAAAGAGACCGAUCCAGAACCGGAGCCGGAAGGCGGAGUGCCAGUAAACAAUUUCAUCGCCAACCUCGCGGAUAACGUCAAGUUUAGCGGUGGAACCGAUCCUGAUGACAAUCUGGAGGAGAACAGUGUUGGCCAGACACCGGAACAGGAGGCGAAUACAGGAAAGGGCAAGCUGCCAGGCUUUCAUGUAACCUACUGGAUGUUUUAUCCCUACAGCCAGGGUAAAACCAUGUGCACCGUAAGCUUGGGUCCACUUGGAAGGAUUCCCUUUCCUGCUGUGUAUGGAUAUUGUCUGGGAAAUCGCAAGGACAUCGGUAGUCAUGUGGGCGAUUGGGAACACAUGAGCCUGUAUUUUAACGGGGAUGCCGAACCGCAGGCCAUGUAUGUUUCCGCCCACGAUGCGGGUGCCUAUUACAGCUAUAAUCGGCUGACGGGAUCCUUUGAGUUCCGCCGCCAGGAGACGCGUAAGGGAAUCCUGCAGCGACCCAACUUCCCAAAAACAGUGACGACAUUCAAGAACCAUCCGGUUCUGUUUGCAGCUAAGGGUUCGCAUGGUCUUUGGACAGCUCCGGGAAAACAUCGAUUUGUCAAAGUAGCGCGCCUUUAUGACAUCAACGGAUUUGGUACGCCAUGGAACACUUGGAAGGCUGUGGACAUAAGUUAUGAGAACUUGAGAUCGUAUGGUCGGUCACUGGUUCCCGAUUGGCUCACGUAUCGUGGCAAGUGGGGCAAUCCCAAAAGCAAUUGCCAUCCUUUUCGGCGAAUCGGUUUGAAUUUCUGUGAGUUUACGGACGGUCCAACGGGAAUUCCGCUCAAGGAACCCCACUUUCAAUGCGGCGCUGACUAUCGCUGAUGACUUAUUCGGAAAAGGGGGCCUUGCCUAACCUUAGACUAAUGUAUAGUAAAGUAUUUAUUGUGAAACCACCCAAAAAAUCCCUUAAAGAUUAAAAAUGAAAUAAUAGUAAACGAAAAUUCUAGAUUUCUUUGCUGAACUAAGGGAAAACAUAUCUCUUUUGUUGUUUUGAAACUAGGAAAUAUUUUCCCUAUUAUAAAUUUGAACUAAUUACAUAUUACAUUAGAACAUAUCUUAUAAA